GAGCUUGAAUUGGAGUGUGAGGAAGAGAAGAGCUUGGAGGACAGGACUGAGAGCCUUCCAUCUACUCCCUCUCAUUUCAUUCCAAGUGCUGCGAAGCAUCCGAACUACAGAUGGAGAAACCAAAGUGUCACAGAGAUGGGACCAGACCCAGGAGAAGAGGAUUACAGAGUCUUACUGCAGACCUGGAUAAAGCAGGAGAAAUGCAGGUGGGAUCAGACUGAUGAAAAGAGAGACGGUGUAGAAGCAGCUCAAGACGCAGACUCCUGUGAAGAGGAAGAUCCAGCUGGGAGUCGUGUGCUUGCUUUGCGUCCUCUGCCAAAAAAUGCAGCUUGGUCCAAAAAAAUGUUUUACCCUGUACAUGACUCAAUCAGUCCUAAUCCUGAAGGGAGGCUGGACAGCUCGGAUAUAGUGACAAAUCUGGAGAGACAUCAAGGGGAUAUCCCAUUCCACAACCCUCGCUUCUACAUAACCAGGGCCAAAUGUGUUAAGUCCAUACCAGGCUACAAAGACUUGGCAUUCCCUGAUUUCUGGGGCCACCAGACACCUCCUUACAGCAAGCCCGUGUUGGAGCGCAAGUAUGGGGUUCAAAGGGACAAAGUACUAGAUGAUGUUCGCCGUUUAAUCCAGCCAGGUGAUGUGAUAGGCAGAACUGUUUUUGACAUAGAUGAUCCCAGCCUCUCAAGCCCCCGUGCCCCAGGCUGUCUGACAUUCUUCUCCAAGUUUGAAUCGGGAAACCUUCGCAAAGCCAUCCAAGUGCGUGAGUUUGAGUAUGACUUAAUUAUGAAUGCAGAUGUGAACAGCAACCAGCACCACCAGUGGUUCUACUUUGAAGUCCGUGACAUGAAAUUAGCAGUUCCCUAUCGCUUCAACAUUAUCAACUGUGAGAAGUUCAAUAGCCAAUUUAAUUAUGGCAUGCAGCCAGUCAUGUAUUCAGUGAAGGAAGCUCUCCAGGGCCGACCUCGGUGGCUUCGGGCAGGCCAUGAUAUCUGUUACUACAAAAACCACUACCGCUGCAGUGCAGCUGCAGGAAGAGGCGCGAGGGGAAGAUGCUACUACACGCUCACCUUCAGCAUCAAGUUUCCUCAUAAAGAUGAUGUCUGCUACCUGGCUUACCAUUAUCCCUAUACUUACUCUGCAAUGAUGUCCCACCUAGAUAUGCUGGAACAAAACAGGAACCCCAAGAAGGUUUACUGGAGGCAGCAGACACUCUGCCAGACCCUAGGAGGGAAUCAAUGCCCAUUGCUCACAAUCACGGCCAUGCCAGAAUCUAAAAAAAGAGAUGACUUGGAGCAAUUCUGCAAUCGUCCUUAUGUGUUUCUUAUGGCUCGUGUUCACCCUGGUGAGAGCAAUGCCAGCUGGGUCAUGAAGGGGACCCUGGAGUUCCUUGUGAGCAGCGAUCCCAUUGCUGAUCUCCUGAGGAAAUGUUUCAUCUUCAAGAUUGUUCCCAUGCUUAAUCCUGAUGGAGUCAUUAACGGCAA